ACGGCCCAGGGAGGGGGCCACCGCACCUUACUGUACGGACACGCUGUUCUGCUACGACACUCCUACAGCGGCAUGUACCUCUGUUGCCUAGGUACCUCCCGAUCGUCAACCGACAAACUGGCGUUUGAUGUUGGACUGCAGGAAGACACAACAGGAGAAGCCUGUUGGUGGACCAUUCACCCUGCCUCCAAGCAGAGGUCAGAGGGAGAGAAAGUCCGAGUCGGGGAUGACCUCAUCCUAGUUAGCGUGUCAUCAGAACGAUACCUGCAUCUAUCGUACGGUAGCGACAGCCUGCAGGUGGACGCAGCCUUCCAGCAGACCCUCUGGAGCGUGGCUACCGUCUGCUCCGGCAGUGAGGUGGCCCAAGGGUUCAUGAUUGGCGGGGACGUGCUGAGGCUGCUCCAUGGUCACAUGGAUGAGUGUCUGACAGUGCCGUCGGGAGAACAUGGGGAUGAGCAGCGCAGGUACGUGUUCUGA